UUUUUUUCUUCCAAAAAAAAAACAAAAACAAAAGAAAAAGUAAAUAAUACAAUAUAAAAUAACGCCCAAAAUUUUCGACACAGCAUCUAUUCAAUCAACGGCGUAUACUACUACUACAGCCGAUAUCAAUAUGGGGUCUUUGGAAAAACGAUCAAAUGCAUCAUUAUAUGGAAAUCGAUAUGAGAUAGAGACAAUUAAUCAAUACGAUAUUUAUCGUGAUGAUGAUGUUCCAAUAUCUAUGGAAGAAAAAUCACUUGUUAGAAAGAUUGAUUUCUUUUUAAUGCCUAUUAUCUGUAUUAUUGAUUUCUUACAGUUCUUAGAUAAAUCAACUAUUAAUUAUGCUGCUGCGUUAGAUUUUAAACAAGAUCUCACGCUUGUUGGUAAUCAAUAUAGUUUAAUAGGCUCAAUAUUUUAUUUAGGCUACUUAUUAUAUCAGUUACCCAAUAACUACUUUCUUCAGACAAUAUCAGUAGGAAGAUAUAUCGGUAUUAUAGUGUUUCUUUGGGGUAUAAUUUUAACUUGUACAGCAGCCGGUACGAAUUUCUCUCAAAUUAUAGCUCUGCGUUUCUUGUUAGGUUUCUUUGAAGCUGGAGUCUACCCUUCUUUAACGCUCUUGGUUAGCACUUUCUAUCGUCGAUCAGAACAGGCAACUCGUUUAGGAGCCUUUUGGCUCUGUAAUGGUGUUGCCUUAAUAAUGGGUGGGCUUAUUACGUAUGGUAUCGAUCGAAUGGGGAAUGCUAGAGGCCUACCAAAAUGGAAAUGGAUUAUGAUCAUUCUUGGCUCUAUUACAGCAUUUAUGGGUAUAUUCAGCUUUUUUUUCUUGAUCGAUAAUCCAAAAUCUCCUGCACUUCGUCUAAAUGCUGAACAAGAAAUUUUAGUAGAAGAGCGAACGAGAGAUAAUGCAGUUGUACGCACGAGUAUGAUAAAGAAAGAUCAAAUAUGGGAAGCGUUAAAAGAAGCACGAUUUUGGUGUUUUUGCUUUUCUUGCUUGUUUAUUAAUUUACAAAAUGGUGCCAUGACGAUUUACAAUACUCAAUUUGCUAUGGGUUUUGGAUAUAAUGGACUUCAAGCUGUCCUUCUCAGUGUUGGUGCAGGUGGUGCUGAUAUUAUUUUCAUUGUUGGUUCGAUUUAUAUAGUUCAUAAAACAAAGCAGACCAUUUAUACAGCUAUAGGUCUAAUGGUGAUUGACAUAAUUGGACUUAUUUUACUUUUGGUCAUUCCAAACCCUCAUAUUAAACUUGUAGGUUUCUAUCUUGCUUGGUCGUAUUGUGCUGCCUAUGUCCUUAUGGUUACAUCUAUCUCUAAUAAUGUAUCUGGCUAUACAAAAAAGAUUUUUUACAAUGGUAUCUUGAUGAUUUUUUAUACGAUUGGUAAUUUUGUUGGUCCCCUUUUGAUUGUUGAAAGUCAAGCACCUCGUUAUAUCGGUGCCAUGGUAGGAUAUAUCGUUGCAAACUCAGUUGUUGUUGUACUGCUUUUAAUAGCUCGUUGGAAAAUGGCAGUUGUGAACAAAAGAAGAUUAAUGUCUGCUAAUAUUGUCGUAACAAAUGUUGAAGAUGAUUUAAGUGAUGUACAAGAUACAACUUUCUUUUAUCGUCUUUAAAGUGUGUAACAUCCUUUCUAUCGUCAUGGCAUUUAUAUAAAUAUAUAUACAUAUAUACAUACAUACAUAUAUACAUACAUACAUAUAUACAUACAUACA